UGGGUUUCAUAGCGCAGCGCAGCGCACACCGCAUCCUAUGUGAAAGCCGCAUAACCCUUCAAAAAAACGUAUGCUAUUAUAUUGAUCACAACAUUAGUGUGUAGAUUGUAAUCAGCGCGUCUUCCCGCGGACGAUAUGCACAUCAAAGGUAGCCUAUUGUGAGAUUCUGAUUCUGCUUGUGUUUUACGCGAUGGGUGAGUUGUUUUGAUUCGUAACCCUUCAAAAAACGUAUGCUAUUAUAUUGAUCACAACAUUAGUGUAAUCAGCGCGUCUUUCCGCGGACGAUAUGCACAUCAAAAGGUAUUGUACAGCAAUAUAAAUGGUCAUUUUAAGACACUUCACAAUAAGAUUUGUACUGUCAAUACAUUAUGUGAAAAAUCAUUGUAGAUUGUAAGUUGAAAACUUAAUUCUGAGCUGUGUUUACUGUAGCAUAAUGACCUGAAUGCUCAUUGGUCCACAUUCUGAGUUAGGUGACGUCAUUCACCUGCGCUUGCAUUUAGGCUCAGCGUGUGCGUCUUCAGGAACGCUCGUCUGUUUGCUUUAUGCUGCACGCUGUUGUUACCGUUUCCAGCGUGUCUUUUGUUUGGGAACUCUCGCCUGUCUGUUUAAUGCUGCACGCUGCUGUAACCGCUAUUAGCGUGUUUGUUGUGAACUCUUGCCUUAUGGUUUGCUGCACACGGCUGUGACCGGUUUAAACGGAUGACAACUUUCUAGUUGCGUUUCCUUCCAACGUGGUUUUGGCUUAUUCGGAUGGCUGUUGUGCGGGCUUCUGUGGACUUCAGGUACGGUUCAUUUGUUGGUGCGUGAAUGACGACUGCAUUAAACUAUUGAGUGGGGGUGUCCUUUUGAGUGCCUGGCCCCGCAGUUACGGUAGGUCACAUCUUAUUUCUGUGACUUGAAUGUAUAAGUGUAUGUGGAUACCUUUUUUUAAUUGAUUUUGUGAAUUUUAGGAGAACUACAGUUCGUGUAGUGUCAUCGCUGUUUUGUUAUAGGCCAGUUUGAUACUACUGACACAAUGUUGUGACACCGCUGUGCUUCAUCUCCUCCUGCAUAUUAUCUGUGUAUACGUAAUCCCUCAUUGGAGAUUAGGUCCAUACCAUAAGACUUUACAAUUGCCUCCUUUUGUUUUCUGUAUAUUUGUUUUGCAGAAUGAGUUAAAUUUCAGUUUUCUUUGUUUAAUUUUGAUGUUGUGAUUUGGUUUUCUUGAUAAAUAUUGUGUUUGUAAAUUGAUUAUUUUUGCUAUACUGUUUAUUUAGUUUAAGUGUGGAUUUAUGUGAGAAAUUUACAUUCUAUUUUGUCUGAUUGAUUUUGGUUAACAGAUUAUUGAAUUUGUUUUUUUUGUGUUGCUGGAUUGGGCCUUAAAGCUGAACAUCAAGGCCUACAGGUGGAUGAGUAUUUGCCAUCCACCUGCUAGCGUAUAUAACUCUGUAUCAACCUUUUCUUUAUCUGUGUGGUGCGUGUGUGGUGUGGAGUGUGUUUUUCAGGAGCUGUGGCCUUCUGUACUUAGGAAGCCGUUUCCCCCUAUCUUUGGUGGUGGCGUUCACGACGUGUGCUGUGCUUGAUCAUUCAUUCACUGGGGGGCUUGGUGUUGUGAGUGUGUAGUGCGUGUGUGUGAGUGAGGGCAAACGGACAUAUCCUUUGUAAGGCUGCAGUUUUGUUUUCCUGUGUUGAACAUUGUAAAUGUAGUUGACUGAGUCUUGCUUGUUUUAUUGUGUGUGUGUUUUUAUUAUUAAUUAUAAUAAAACCUUUUUUUGUAAUUUUCUAUAAAUACUUGCGUCUCCAUGCUUUUCUGUCAUUAGUAGGGAACCUGAGUGGGGAUAAUAUUCUCUGGGUGAGAUUCCCGGGGUGGCGUAGUCUAAAUUCAACCAAUAUAUAUAUAUAUAUAUACUGUUCUCUGCCUCAGUGGCUGCCACACGUGGCGUAUAGUCGGCAGGGUUCUGCUUAUUAUUUUGACAGGGUUUUGGAGACAUGGGUAUUUGUCUUGGUUGUGUUUUCGUGUGAGUGUAUACAUUUUGACAAAACAGCGGUGUCAUUAACUGUUUCUCCCUAACACCCCUACGUUUUAUGUAGGUUUGUGCAUUUAAUUUGUAAUUCUUUUUUUCAAUUAAGUGCAUCUAAUCCAUAUUUUUCUCAAUUUAAAAGUUGCUAAAUAUGGAUGUUGAGUUGCAGGAACUGCGGGACCUGGUUGCCCAAUUGAGGACGGAGAAUGAAAGGUUACAGGGACAGCAACCCUCAGUAAGUGCCAUAAGUGAUGCGCAGGGUAGUAGCGCAGCGACACCUAGGCCAUUAGAGGUAGGUGCUGGCACUGAAGCAGUUGAUAGGUUUGUUUUCGUCCCCAGGGACCGGAAAUGCCCAAAGUUUAGUGGUAAAUCUGGAGUAGAUAUUAAUGAGUGGGUUGAGGAAGCACAGGCCUGUAUGCGGGUCCGUUGUCUGUCCAAGGCCGAUAAAGCUUUUUUUCUCUUUGAUCAUUUAGAGGGGGAAGCACGAGAGGAAAUCAGGCAUCGUCCUGAGGCAGAAAAGGCAGACCCUGAUAAAAUUAUUGCGGCACUUCGUGACCUGUAUGGUUGUUCUUUAUCGUACGUAGCACUACAAGAAGCGUUCUUCUCCCGUAGGCAACAGGAGGGGGAGACUUUGUUGGAGUUCUCCCUCGCCUUGAUGGGCCUCCAGGAGAAGGUAAAACAACAGUCACCAGCCGCAAUGCCAAAUGCAGGGGUUUUGCUACGUGACCAGUUUGUCGAAUUCGUUUUAGAUCCAGCAUUGCGCCGUGAGUUGAAACAAUUGGUUCGUCGUGAGCCGUCCUGUAAUUUUUUACAUGUGCGUAGUGAAGCAAUAAGGUGGGAAAGGGAGGGGAUGUUGGGCGCUGCAAGGGCUCGAAGCCAUUCCCUCCCGUUAGCGUAUGGCGUCCAAUAUGGGAUGCAAGGGCGUUCGGGGUUAGAGGGUGCUGGCUUGGUGGCCAGAUCGGAGUUUGACGAGUUAAAAGAAAUGUUAAAACUUCAACAGGAACAGUUGGGCCAGCUUACUCAAGGGCUUGCCCAGUUACAGGGUUCGUCCUUGCAGAAGCCCUCCCCUCGCAGGGGUCCUGUAAUAUGUAGACGUUGUCAACGUGCUGGUCACUUCGCUAGAGAAUGCGAUGGUGACCGGGUGUCCCCUCGCCCUUGGCCUCCCUCCGCAGUAGUACCCGUAUCUGGGGGAAGACAGUCCCGCCCAGCACAACAGUCGGAAAACUAGUUCCCACCGGGCUACAGAGCCAUAGUCCGGUUGGGGUGUCGAUGGGCUCCGUUUUUAAUCACGUUGAAAACAUGCCUCUACUAAUUUCGUCCUGUCCACAUCUUGUUGCUCUCUUUGGUGGGGUUUCAGUUCC